UCUCUCGUCCUAAAGAUGGCGACAGGGACUCUGUACACGUAUCCAGAGAACUGGAGAGCCUUCAAGGCUCAGAUUGCAGCCCAGUACAGUGGGGCACGCCUCAAGGUGGCCAGCAGCGCCCCUGCCUUCACCUUUGGGCAGACGAACCGUACCCCUGCCUUCCUCAACAACUUCCCCUUGGGCAAGGUUCCAGCCUUUCAGGGCGACGACGGCUUCUGUCUUUUCGAGAGUAAUGCCAUUGCUCACUACCUGAGCAAUGAGGCACUGCGUGGCAGCAGUCCCCAGGCCCAGUCACAGGUGCUUCAGUGGGUGAGCUUUGCUGACGCUGAGAUCAUCCCUCCAGCCUCUGCGUGGGUCUUCCCCACCUUGGGAAUCAUGCAGUUCAACAAACAGGCAACAGAGCAGGCCAAGGAGGAGGUGAAGAGGGUUCUGUCUGUCCUGAACAGUCACCUGAACACCAGGACCUUCCUGGUUGGAGAGAGAGUCAGCCUGGCUGAUAUCAGCGUGGCCUGCAGCAUGAUCUGGCUCUAUAAACAGGUCCUUGAGCCUUCCUUCCGCCAACCUUACCCCAACGUGACCCGCUGGUUCCAGACCUGCGUCAACCAGCCCCAGUUCAAGACUGUGCUCGGAGAGGUCAAGCUCUGCGACAAGAUGGCUCAGUUUGAUCCCAAGAAGUUCUCUGACAUGCAGCCCAAGAAAGACGCCCAGCCCAAGAAAGAUACCCCUCCCAAGAAAGACGCCCAGCCCAAGAAAGAGAAAGCUGGAAAGGAGGCAGGCAAACCUCAGGAGAAGAAGAAGAAGGAGAAGGAAGCUGCCCCUGCUGUGGAGGAGAUGGACGAGUGUGAAGCAGCUCUGGCUUCAGAACCCAAAACGAAGGACCCCUUCGCUCACCUGCCAAAGAGUGCGUUUGUCAUGGACGAGUUCAAGAGGAAGUACUCUAACGAGGACACCCUGACCGUAGCCGUGCCCCACUUCUGGGAACACUUUGACAAGGAGGGCUACUCCAUCUGGUACGGAGAGUACAAAUACCCCGAGGAGCUUACCAUGACCUUCAUGAGCUGCAACCUCAUCAUGGGAAUGUUCCAGCGACUUGACAAACUCCGGAAGAACGGCUUUGCCAGCGUGAUCCUGUUCGGCGGGAACAACGACAGUAGCAUUUCUGGAAUCUGGAUCUUCAGAGGACAGGACUUAGCUUUCACUCUGUCUGAUGACUGGCAGAUUGAUUACGAGUCUUACGCCUGGCGCAAACUGGACCCCGACAGCGCCGAAACCAAGACCAUGGUCAAGGAGUACUUUGCUUGGGAGGGAGAGUUUAAACAUGUGGGUAAACCCUUUAACCAGGGCAAGUGCUUCAAGUGAGCAGCGGUGGAGGAUGAAGGCACCAUGGCCGGGAUACGUCCUCCGCUGUACGUCAACACCUUUAACCUGAGGACAUUCAACACCUUAAAACUGCACUUGGACCUUCUCAAACUGAUCUUCAGUUGGAGUGGAUUGUGUCUCAAUGGUCCAAAAGAAGUGGUUGUUUUGAGUUGACAAAUAAACAUGUUUUCCACAA